AUGGCACUUCUUACACUCAUUGAUCAAGACCUUCCUCGUGGAGGAAACGAAUGGGAUCGAGUGCGAGAUCAGUACAACGCACAGCACGCAUUGAUUGAGGGUCGUGAUACGCGUACGACGGACUCGCUCAAAAGUCGAUUUCGCCAUGUUCUUGCUCCAGGAGCUCCUAGCGGCAAGACACGUUGCUCUGCCUUGCGUACCAUGGUGGUGGAAAUUCAACAACGAAUCAUGAACAAGGUGCACAAUGUUACUGUGAACGACUCCGAAAACCAGAGCAUCGUGAAUUCAUUGCCCUCAACUCAGGCGUCGGGAGCAGCUGAAGCGGAUUCUACUUCUCAACAAACAGAACAACCACGUCUGAAGCGAAGCCGUUCCGCCACUCAAAUUCAACCCAAGCACCUGCAGCGCAGCACGAAAGUCGAGGGUGCCAAACCCAAGCGUGUCAUUCGCGACAGUGGUAUGUCGCUGUGGUCGCGCCACAGAGAAGAACAAGCUGCUCACCGUGGAAACCGAGAGAUUCAGGGGUAUUUGUCAGUCCAGAAUGCGUCACUUCAAGAAGCGAAAACGGCACUUACCAAUCGAUUGAUCGCGCUGACAUCGGAGCUAGACAGCAAGCGCGGCCGCAUCUCGGACCUUCGUGAUGAAAAGCAGCAACUGAUAGAUGGAGGAAUUGCGACGUAA